AUGCAGUCUGUGAUGCUGUUGAGGUCAUCCUCCAGGGGGCUGCAGAGGUUGUCCCACACAGUAGAACGGAAAGAGUCCCUCAGGGCCUCUUCAGUCUCUGCUGACCAUUUCCUUACUGUGCAGAGUCUGGUAGGGGAGAAGCUGUUUGACCGCUAUGACCGUCUCCUGCUGCAGAAGACUCUGGACAGCAUGUCUGAUGUGACGUACUGUCCUCGAAUAUACUGCGGCUCUGCCGUGAUUUUGGAGAAAUCCAGCAAGGCAGCGCUUUGCUCUGAGUGCGGCUUUGCCUUCUGCGUCAUAUGCAGAAAAACAUACCAUGGAAUGGGGAAGUGUGAGACCAAGAAAAAAUAUGCUGAAAGAUAUAUAAUAGACCUGCCACAGUCACAAGUGGGGGUGAAGGCUCUGUGGGAGGACUAUGUCAGUGGCAGCAGGGAGAGGAAACGCCUGCUGGAAAAUAGAUAUGGCUCAAAUUUACUGGUGUCCAUUAUGGAAAAAAAACCUAACCGACAGCUGGAUUGCCAACAAUAGCAAGAGUUGUCCUGAAUGCUUCACUAGAAUAGAGAAGGAUGGAGGGUGCAACCUGAUGUUGUGCACUCGCUGUAAGAAGAUUUUCUGCUGGAACUGCCUCACCAGACUGACUCCAGAAAAAACAACCGAACACUUUUAUGGGGGUCAAUGCUCUUCCUAAUGCUAACCUCCCCAGCUAUCAGCUACUUGAAUGUGGUUUUUUUUUUGCAUUUUUAAAUAUUUACUGUGUACAUCUUUAAAGAAAACCUGUAUAA